GGAUUAAAGUCUCAUCAUACGACAUUUAUUAAAGCCGAUCCCACAAUUCAAAGCGUAAUUCUUUAAAAGGUGUCGUUAAAUCUGCAUUUGUUUCACAAUACACGUAAACUGAAGGUGAACUUUUAAAAUCUUUUAGCUAAAAAUUAAAAAGGCUUGAAGCUUUAUUUUCAAAAAUGAGGCUUUUCAUCAUUUGCACUCUAAUAACUUUUGUUGCUGGAACACAAUAUCUAAGAGAUUUAAUUGGGUGCAAUGUGCAAGAUGAUCCAUUAUAUCCGUCAUGCAGAUCAAAAGUUAUGUGGAUGCAAGCAAACUGGCGAGGAGAUCCAUAUUACAGAAGAAAUGGAGUUGAUGGUUCAGUGUGUUCAAUAAUAAGGUACUUAAGUAAGGUUGAAAGAUUUUGUCCUUGUGCUGUACCAAAUCACUCUUUAUACCCACAUUGCCUAAAUAAAGUCAAAUGGAUGCAAGCGAACUGGCGAUCAGAUCCUUAUUAUAGAAGAAACGGAGUUGAUGGAUCUUUAUGUUCAAUACUUAACUACUUGAGUAAGGUUGAAACAUUUUGCCCGUUAUAAAAUACGGAAAAGACAGUGGCGUUUUGCAUCAUAGCUGCAUCUAAGACAGCAAAAUUCUUUUUCUUUGAAACUUGUAAACGUGGUUUUUUCUGUCUUUAUUUUCUUGAAUAUGACGGAGUUAAUUUUGAGUUUUUAAUUUUAUGAAAAUAUUUGAUUUGAUUUAAAUAUUGUACAUUUAUCUUAUCAAAUUUUUUUUUUUCUACGUAAUAUUUAAUUCUGCUGUUAUUGGAAAAACAUCAAGUUUUUUUUUGA